AUGGGUUCUGCUGCAAGAAGAGGGCUCUGCUUCCCCUUGGGCUGCAUCCUGCUGUUCAGUCUCACUGAUGCUGACUUCGAAUUUCAAAAGGGAGUGCUUGGCAGCAUCAGCCCCAGCACCACAGAAGACAUCGACCUCCAGUGCUGGAACACAUGCUCCCUGGCACUGAUAGACCUGAAGGAACUGAAGAUAGAGCACAGCGCCGAUGCCUUCUGGAAUUUCAUGUUGUUCUUGCAAAAAUCUCAGCGCCCUGGGCACUACAAUGUCUUCUUAAACAUAGCCCAAGACUUCUGGGAUAUGUACAUAGACUGCUUGCUUUCAAGGUCUCAUGGGAUGGGCAGGCGACAGGUGCUAGCUUCCAAGUAUAAUUCCCACAGAAAAUGGCAGGAGGGGAUCUGAAGGUAUAUCUACGCAAGUAGCAAUGUGGUUUUAUUAAAAAAUUGCUAUUUAGUUAAAUUAUUUCAGGUUUAUCAAAAAAGCUAGCAAUUUUGCCAUGUUCAGUUUUUAAAUAUAAACUUUUCAUUUUUACAUUAUUUAGAAAUCAUGAGAGUGCUUGAUUAUAGGUGACCUUGAAAAUCAUCUUACUGUUAGCCUGAGAGUAGUUCAUAAGGAAGCUGUAUAGCUCUGUAUCUAUUCAUAUUGUAAGAUGUACAUGUCAGGCAUGUAGUAGCCUUUUGGACAAAACAUUUUCAGUUGGGUUUUAUAGAAGAAUGGAAUCUUAUAUUAAUAAAUAUUAAUUUCCCCAAUAUUACAGAAAUAGAUUAUAAUACACAAAUUUUACAUUUAAGAAAACACAAAAAAUACCUCAAGCAAGAUGCCAACUGAAGAGCAUAAUUUUUGUCAAGUCAAAUAUUUCCUGCUGUAAUUAAAAUGUUAUUUUCAGUUUCUUAAUCUGGUGGCUUUCUUUCUUAGCUAUAUAAUUACCUUACCAAUACUGAUUGGAUUAUUUGCAAAUAUGUAGGUAAUUUGUUAAUAGUUUGUUAUUCAGAAAGCAUUUUGUCAGGUUAUUUUUGU